UCUGAGACCUAGUAAAGAAGAUUGUUCAGCAAAGUCAAUUGUCAACCUGUCUACAUCUUAUAUAGAAUUUAUCCUUCUCCCAUAACUAAGACUGGACACUCAAAAAUAAUUUAUGUUGCUCGGCUUAAAAAAUAGGUCCUAAUGGUGGUGAAGCCGUAUCAUGACAUAUAUACUGUACAUUAAUGACUAUGGACCUACAACCUAAUGUAUGUGGGUGAUGACCACUUAUUGGAUGUAGCAGAACAUUACAGGCCCUUACAAGGCUUUAUUAUUCCAGCCAUUACAGCAGGUACAAUAUCUGGUUAUUCCUGCACCAGGAUCAUUUGGAUUCCCCCACAACCGCCCUUGUUAUAACCUUCCAGCAGAGUCUAUGGGCACCACUGCCAACCUAUACAGCACAUAAAAGUCACAUCACUCUGCUCCAUCUACUAAUAAAACAGCACUACAAGAACCAGCCAUGAAUGUCUCCAUUCUUCUGGACACUAGGCUAUCACCAUGAUGCGCACAUUACAGUGUAUAUGGAUGCACAGGUCCCUGGACCACUUGCAGCAGGUGCCACCUGAUGUUGCUAUGACAACAUGUCACCUGGACAACGGCUGUUGUUGUUGUUUACCCACAACUGUCAGUUGGACCGAGCGGACGGACGUCUAUAGGAUCCCAAAGAUGGCGGCUACUGGAGGAAGAGGAGAUGGCGAGAAGGAGAGAGGAAAGAAGAUGAAGAGAGAAGAGGAGGACGAGGAGGAGGAGAAGAGAGGAGAUGAGAGAAAGAAGAAAGAGGUGGGCGAGGAGCUGAAGAGAGGAAAGAAGAGGAAGAGAGAAGAGAGCGAGGAGGUGGAGAAGGAGAGAGGAGCGAAGAGGAAGAGAGAAGAGGAGCUCGAGGAGGAGGAGAGAGGAGAUGAGAGGAAGAAGAAAGAGGUGAGCGAGGAGCUGAAGAGAGGAAAGAAGAGGAAGAGAGAAGAGAGCGAGGAGGUGGAGAAGGAGAGAGGAGCGAAGAGGAAGAGAGAAGAGGAGCACGAGGAGGAGGAGAAGAGAGAAGAGGAGAGGAAGAAGGAAGAUGAGAGCAAGGAGGGGAAGAGAGGGAAGAAGAGGAAGAGAGGAGAGGAGAUCGAAGAGGAGGAGAAGAGAGGGAAGAAGAGGAAGAGAGAAGAGGAGGAGAAGAGAGGAGAGGAGAGGAAGAAGGAAAAGGAGAUCGAGGAGGAGGAAAAGAAGAGGAGAGGAGAGGAUGCCAGAGUAUUGGAGGAUGAGGAUCCAAGACCAGGCACCAGUCAGGCCCCCGGAACAUCAAUCAACUACCCCAAAUUUAACAUCAAACACCUUACUGUCCAUCAGGUAUUGGGUAGGGGCAGCUUUGGAGUGCUAAGCUCCGCCCCCACAUGUGAUGGUGACAUCAUCACAGGUCCUACACCUCCAGCAUCUAGCAGUCCGGGCCAGGGGAGGAGACAGAGGGAGGGUAAGAACAGAGAGGUCGGUCCUGCAGGACUAAAGUAACAGGGACGGCAUUCCUCCUGUGGAAAAAACAAAGGAACGCCGUUCCUGCAGGACUCGAGCCCUGUUUGUUUCACAGAAAUUAAAUCAAAGUGGAAGUGGAAUUCAAAAUGUAAUCAUUUUUUUUUGACAGAUGCUAUUUUGUUCUGACAUAUUUAUCACCUUAAGGCUAAGUUUCUUCUUGUUUUUUUGUGCUGCGUCUUUUGG